AUGCCACAAUAUGACAGUAGUGCAGCCAUUUCACAGACAAGCUCUGAUGAAGGCUUCAAUGUUGCUGUUCAGUCACAGGCCGUAGAAUCAUGGAACCCUGAUCAUGUGCGAGUUAAUAACUUGAGUAGAUAUUCUACGAGAUCAUCCCAUGUAAUUCCCGACGGAAAUAAACAAACGGAACGUGAAGACGAGAUUGUCGACCCUUUUGAAGUGACUUUUGAAGGUUCUGAAGAUUCCGAGAAUAUUGUUGCCAGAAUGUCAUAUUCCAGAAAGAUCUUGAUAUCGGUGAUCUUGGCAGGGGCAGGGUUUUGCGUCACCAUGCUUUCUUCAGUAUGGUCUUUGUCAAUGGAUCAAAUGAUGGCCCAUUUCCACGUUAGUAGAGAAGUGGCAACUUUGGGGAUCAGUCUCUAUAUUUUUGGACUAGGUAGUGGUCCAGUAUUUUUGUCUCCAAUCUCGGAGUUCUACGGCAGAAGAAUAGUGUAUCUUUCAGGACUCUUACUAUGCUUUGCGUUUCAAUUCAUUACUUGCUUUGCCAACAAUUUUGGAGCGAUUUUAUUCUCGAGGUUUGUUACUGGGUUCUUUGGUAGCGCUUUUAUGAGCGUUGCCGGGGGCACUUACUCGGACAUUUUCACCAAACAAGAGAUUUAUUUCCCAUUUCAAGGGUUUGUAUUGGCGCCAUUUUUAUCACCGGCGGUGGGGGCAUUUUUGAGUGGGAUAGUCAAUGAAUAUUCUAACUUCCACUGGUGUUUCUACUUUAUGUUAAUCUUCACUGGUUGUAUGUGUGUGGCGGUCUCUACGAUUCCCGAGACUUACAAGCCUUAUUUAUUGAAACUAAAGGCUCAAAGAAUGUGCCAAGAAACUGGAGAUGAUCGGUACUACGCUCCUUUGGAUAAAGUACCCAAUAGUUUGCUCGAUACCAUUGUGUUGUCGUGCCGCCGACCAUUUGGGGUAUUGUUCUUAGACCCCAUGAUGUUCACGUUGUGUUUCUACACCGGGUUCACGUUAUCAAUAAUUUAUAUGUUUUUCAUCUGUUUACCGUACGUGCUUUCCACGGUGUAUGACUUUGGGGUGGGAGCCCAAGGGUUAUGCUUUCUCAGUUUUUGUGUGGGGAUGAUCGCCACCUUGCCGCUUAAUUAUUAUACCCACACCGUAUACGAGAAGAAAGUGGCCAGAAAUGGUGGGGUAUCGCAACCAGAAAUGCGGUUUACCCCGUUGAAAUAUGGGGUGUUCUUCAUUCCUUCAGGACUAAUGAUCAUUGCAUGGACCAGCUACCGCCAUGUCCAUUGGAUUGGGGUGCUCUGUGGAGCAGCGACAUUUGGUGGAGGGGUAUCGUUGGUGUUUUCUGGGGUGUUUACUUACACUGUCGAUGGCUACAGGCUCUAUUCUGCGUCGGCGUUGGCGGCGAACUCAUUUACCAGGUCGCUCAUGGCAGGGAUUUUCCCGUUGUUUGGGUACUAUGUCUACCGAGGGUUGGGAGUCAACUGGGCCAGUUUCUUGAUGGCGAUGGUCGGGGUGGUAAUGAUGCCGAUGCCGUUUGUGUUUGAGCGAUAUGGGCCAUAUUUAAGAAGCAAGAGCCCGUAUGCCUGGGUGGAUGAUGAUAAUGACGAGCAAGAACUUGACAACGAGAAGGCGUAA